AUGGUCAAUGUCAGGAUGCUGUUCCUCAGCACCUCCUGCUGGCUGCUUAUUGUUUUAGGGAGUUGUGAAGAGCCAAUCCAGGAGAGAUCAGCCGAAUACGACGCCAUCAAGACACAAGAAGAGAGAGAGCUGAUUGAAGCUUUGCAGGAAGUUCUGGAGAAGCUAAAGGGCAAACAGCUGCCGUCCUCAGAGAAGAAACUCGGCUGGCUUCCUGCUUGUGAUGCAGGUGAGCAGUGUGCGGUACGUAAAGCUUCGAGGAUCGGGAAGCUGUGCGGAUGUCCCGAAGGAACAGUUUGUAACUUCAGUGUCCUCGAGUGUCUGUGA